UUCCCGCGAAAAGUUCCCGCUAAAUUGACGAGGGCGCCAAAGCCAAAACAAAACUACAAAGUGGCCUGAUUCGAUGACAUACAGUAGAAUGCUAAAAGAAGCUUAAGGUUUUUGAUAGAAAAAGAUGAUGGAUACAACUGAUGAUACAGCUGAGGAAUUACAAAGUCCACUCCGUAAAAGUUCAAGAAAGAAGACUCAAACCUCGCAUUAUGGGCAUGAAAGUCCAAACUUUACCAGUCCUUCAAGUAGCAAUCCUGACAAGUCACAGGAAUCAGAUAUAACAGAGUUCAAACCAACAGAAAAUAGCGAUAAUGCUAAUGUUGAAAGCAGUGAUGAUGAUCUGCCAUUGAGUCAAUAUACCCCUGAGAAAGGAAAAAAGAGAAGUGCAAAGACUUCAAAAAAGUUACCUUCUGCAAAGAAAUUGAAAACAAAGAGAAAAAGUGGAGCUUUACCUGAAACCUUUCCUGAAAAAGGCUCAAUGUUUGAUAUCAUAAAAGGUGGAAGGGAUGCUUUGCAGACUGUGGUUGAUGACUGGAUUGAAAGCUACAGUAACGAUCGGGAAUCAGCAAUGGUAGAUCUGAUUCAGGUUGUCAUACAAUGUUGUGGAUGUAAAGGAACUGUCAGUGAAGACAUGCUGGAGGAGGAGGAAAAUGUGAAUGCCAUAAGAAAACUGACUGAAGAAUUUGAUGAGGAUACCCAUGAAUAUCCUCUCACCAUGUCUAGGCCAGAGUAUAAGAAAUUCAAGCACAAUUUCUGCGAGUUUAUCGGCGUUUUGAUAGAACAAUGUCAGCACAGCAUUGUCUAUGAUGAUUACAUGAUGGAGAAAUUAAUCUCCUGGCUUAUCAGUUUAUCAGAUUCUCAAGUGCGGGCGUUUCGACACACGAGCACUUUAGCAGGAAUGAGAUUAGUGGCAGCGCUGAUACAGAUUGCUUUAAAAGUCAAGGUCGAAUAUGAUAAUACCGAGCGUCAACUGCUUAGCGAGAAGGGAAAGAGUGUGUCAAAACGUGGAGUUCAAAAAAUGGAAAUGCUUCAAAACAAGAAGGAUCAGCUGCGGGAUAAUACUCAUGCGUUGGAAGAGUACAUGAACUUCAUUUUCCAAGGCAUAUUUGUCCAUCGCUACAGGGACAGUCGGCCAGAGAUACGAUCUCUUUGUAUUUCCGAGAUUGGAACAUGGAUGAAAGAAUACAGCAAUUACUUUUUGUCUCACAAAUAUUUAAAGUACGUAGUGUGGACACUGCAUGAUAAGGAUGGUGACGUUCGUUUUCAUGCCUUGCAAACGCUCCAUAAACUUUAUGAAAUCGAGGAAUUCCUUACUCAACUGGAACCUUUAACAUCCCGGUUCAAGGGACGAAUUGUUUCAAUGACACUUGACGUAGAACACACGGUUACCGUUGUUGCCAUUAAGUUGGUCGCAUUGUUAUAUCGUUAUCACGAGCUGGAUGAAGAAGAUUGCCAACAAGUAGAACAGUUAGUGUUUUGCAGUCAUCGACAAGUGGCUCAUGAAGCUGGGUCGUUUUUGAAUGAAAGACUUCUAGCUGAGGCAGAAAGUAGCAGUCCAAGCAAGAAGAAAGCGUCAAAGAAAUCAGAAAUUCAACGUAAGGCUGAAUAUUUUAAGAAACUUAUAAGCUUCUUUGUAACAAGUCAGAUUCACGAUCAUGCGGCGUACUUAGUGGACAGUCUUUGGCAACACUGCGAUUUGUUAAAGGAUUGGGACAUCAUGACAAGCAUGUUAUUAGAUGAUAAAACCGGAGAAGGUUUAUCAGAUGACGAGGAAUCUGCUUUGAUUGAAAUAAUGACGUGUUGUUGUCGUCAAGCCGCUACAGGACAGGGCCCACCUGGUCGCUUGGUAAAGCGGUUACUUAGCACGAAGGAAAAGAAGACAAUUGUUAAUGAUAAACAGGAAAUGAGUGGUCAUUUUAUGGUACAACUUCCUCUUCUCUUGGGCAAGUAUGGAACUGAUUUGCCUAAAGCUGAAAACCUUAUUACCAUUCCUCAAUAUUUUGAUCUCGAGGAAUUUACGCAAAGUAGACUCAGUCAGCACUUUGAAGAACUUCUUGAUCAAAUUGAUGAUUUGGUGCAGAAAGGACCCGAAACAUCGUUACUUGAAGAAUGUGCUAAAACAUACCGAGUUCUAACAGACAAUGAACUUACACUGAAGAGCAAAGCGGAAGUAGCUAGGAAUAAACUCAUCGAUAGCAUUGUGGAGUUACUCAAAGAAGGAUUGCAGAACUUCAACCCAGACCGUGGAAAUGCCGACGACGAGGAAGGAAAUGAUGAUGCAUAUGCUCUGGAAGUUAAUCUGAGAAGAAUUGCUGCCUUUUUUAGAUUUCACGAUCUUGGGGCAUGGGAACUUUACGAUACACUUAAUGAAAUUGCAAGAAUGAGCAAAGUGUCAGUUGAGGUGUGCUCAAAUGCGCUCAAUUCUUUAGAGAUGUGUUUAUUAUGGGCUUUUAAGGCAAUGAAAGAAAAAUCUCCAAACAAGCGUCAUAUGAGAACUUUGAAACAUCGUGUGGAUGAGUUCAUGAAUUUAUGUAGUAGUCUUUUAGAAAAAGAUUUUGACGAGCUUGGAAGGCAGGCGUUUUUGUGUGUUUGUGAUAUUAUCGUUAUAUUCGCUAAACAACUUAAUAACAAUUAUCCAUCAUUGUCUUCACUCGUAUACGUACCCAAUGACGUAUUCCAAGAGAACUGUGUAACAUUCGCAACACGUUACGCGUUCUCGGACCUCAACGUCGAGCAAGAAAGAGAGGAUGAAGAUGAGAACACGGAAAGUGAAGUGCAAGAAUUAAACAAUAAGAGAGUUGUGUUGUCUGGAUUAUGUAAACUUUUCGCAUACAAUAUAUUCGACAUGCAUCGAGCUUCAGAGGUGUUCUCAAAAUUUAUAUCGGCAUUUGGGAAUUUUGGUGAUAUCAUUAAACAUACCAUGUCAAAAUGCAGAGAAAUAAAUAUAGAAUAUUAUACCAAAACCAUAGUGUUUACACUAUUUGAGGAAUACAAAGAGCUUUGUAACAAUGAAGACCGUUCACCGGACAAAACCUCAGAGGAAUACAUUGCCCUAAAAGAACUUGCAAGAAGACUCGCGUUAACUUAUGGCAUUGAACUAACUAAAGAACCAAUUCGCAAAGCGAUGAUCAAUUUACACAGAGCGGGUAUUUUACUUAGCUUAGAACGAGAUGUCGCAAGUAACAAAAAUAACGAGCAUGAUGAGAAUACAGACAUCCUUUUACCAUAUAUCGGGUUUUUUGAUAUAAUAAAUGAAUGUUCUUCAAGAUUGAUAUCUCAAGAUAAGAAAGCUGUCUUAAAGAUUCUUAAGAAGCAAUUAGAUGAUUCAAAAUUAGACAUAAAGGAUGCAAGGGGUGAUCCAGAACUGCAGUCGUUGGUGUCAUACUAUAAGACCAUACUGGAAGGAAGUCAAGGCACUGUUGCGAAAGCCACAAAAAUGCGUCCAGUGCCUCAAAAGGCGAAGAGGAAGCUAUUGGUGGAAGAGGUGUCAUCGACAAGAAAAACCCCAGCAAAACGAAAAUCAGGCGCGAAAGAUCAAACCAGUCCUCGAGAAAUCGAUGAAGAACAGCCACCUUCGGGUGAAACAUCACCUGUACCAAGGGAACAGCCACCUUCGGGUGGAACAUCACCUGUACCAAGGGAACUACAAGACGAUGACACUCGACAACAGACUAAGAGAAAACGAAGCGUUAGGUCAGAUGAAACCCACGAAGAAGAAAACAGUGAAGAUGAAUUUCAAGAACCCAACAGCGUUAAAGCUUCCUCUCAAGCCUCGUGGGUUGCAAGUCAACCAAAGAAUAAACGUUCAGCCAACCAUUCCAGAGUUAGCUAUGGGAACAACACCAAAGAUGAUAGUCGAUUUAGACCUCUCUUAGAAGAAGAGGAAGAGGAAGAAGAAGAGGAGUUUAUCGAUGACGAAAAAAGAUCGAGUCCUGUUGAAUCACCUAAGCCAAAAACGCCACCCCGUAAGCGGACGAAGCGAGACCUUCCGGAAGAAAUUUUCGAAGAGUCACCAGCACCUCAGUCGCAGUCGGACGAAGAGAUGCCAUCUGGUUUAAAUGUAUGAAAGAUACUUUAUAUAUUUAAUUCGGUUAUGAUAUACAGUUCUGUUUUUAUUGUACAGUUAUCACACUUUGAGUAAAUAACGUUAUCUUUACUAUAGUUUAGUAUAUGUUGUGGAAAAGGCCUUCCACCAAGGUUUUAAGAAUUUUAAAUAAAAGAUGAGUUCGUUGGGAAAA